AUGGGUAAGGGAAAGAAAUUUUUAGGCAAAAGGCGAAAAGGGUCUUUCAAAGCGGUAAACAAAAAUAAAAAUAAGAAGAAGAAUAAAGAACAUGAGGUCGUCAAUAAGAAAGCAAUUUUUAAUCGUUACAAAGAUAAACAGAAGGUAGAAGAAGAGUUUGCGAAGAAAAAACAAAUGGAGGCAAGAUUUAAACAGCAACAAACGACUUAUUCUGAGAGUGAGAGUGAGGAAGAGGAUGUUUACGGGCAGUUAAUAUCAUGUUUUAAUGGCAAAAAGAAAUCUACCAUCGAAAGUGAAGACGAGGCAUCCAGCAGCGAAGAAUCAAAUAAUGGAAAGUUAAAUGACAAAGUUAUUGAUGAUAAAAACAAACAGUCAGAUAAUUCAGACUAUGGCAGUGAUAAUGAGUCUAUCAGUGAUGGAGACAGUAGUGAGAACAAUGAAAUGGUAGUUGAGGAAGUGGAAAUGGAAAACGAAUUGGAAACAUCAGAUGAUCCGUUCAUAAAACAUAUCCAAUAUGAUUUAGACGACGGAAUGCUUGUGUCACUAUCAAAUAACCCAGUAAAUGAGAAACAAAUCACAAAAUCAUGGCCAGUUCUAGGAAAUUUAUCUAUCAGCAUACCGCAGCCCGUGGAGACUUUGAAGAAGCAGAAACCAAAAUUUUCCAUAUUAGAAGAAAAAACAUUCGCACCAAUCGCAACUGUACCCCACAUACCAAAUAACGUUGACUUCAAACAAAUGUACAUAAAGUCGCAGAUACAUGGAAAUAUUGUAUCGGCGAAUAAAAAGAAUUUAAUAAAACGUGAUUUAGAAUUGAAUAAUGUUUUCACACCUUUACAAAAAGAACUGUUCAGUGUCAUGAAUAAUUACCAAGAUCUGUACUAUCCUGAAAGAUCAUUCACAAAUGCUGACGAAAUAAGAUUCACAUACUGUUUACAUGUCGUGAAUCAUAUGCUUAAAACGAGAACCAAAAUUCUGCAUCACAAUGCAAAGUUAUCCAAGAAAUCUGAAGUGACAGAUGAUUUUAGGGACCAGGGAUUGGUUCGGCCCAAGGUUUUAAUCAUUGCACCAUUCAAAUCAUCAGCAUAUAAGAUAGUGAAUACUAUUAUUGACAUCUUAGUACCUAAAGAGGCCGGUCAAGUUGUGAACAAGAAUAGAUUUGAAGAAGACUUCACCGGUGGGGAAAUAAUUAUGCCGAGCAAGAAUCCUAAACCAGAGGACUAUGAGCUAUUGUUCAGUGGGAACAGCGAUGACACUUUUAGAUUAGGAAUUACUGUCACUAAGAAAACGCUUAAGCUAUACACAGACUUCUAUUCAUCGGACAUCUUGAUAGCAUCACCGCUAGGGCUCCGCAUGAUAGUUGGGGCGGAGGGCGAGGAAGACCGGGACUAUGACUUCCUGGCGUCUAUAGAGAUACUCGUCAUGGAUCAAGCUGAUGUGUUCCUGAUGCAGAACUGGGAUCACCUGUUGCAUGUACUGGAUCAUUUACAUCUGCAGCCGAGGAAGACUCAUGAUACGGACUUCUCAAGAGUCCGUCUGUGGGCUGUCAAUGGAUGGUCUAAAUAUUACAGACAGAACUUGAUAUUUUCAUCUGUAUCAUUGCCGGAGAUCAAGUCUGUUGUGAACAAGAAGUGCCAGAACUAUGCUGGGAAGGUUCUUGUUGUGAAUCCUCCAGAGGUUGGCAGUAUACAGCAGGUGUUGGUCCAGGUGCCGCAAUUAUUUCACAGGUUUAAUGCCGCAAGUCCUUUAGCGUCGGUAGACUCCAGGUUUGAAUACUUCGUCAAAGAAAUCCUGCCGAAACAACGCGACACUCUCAUGAGCCACACUCUUAUAUACGUACCGAGUUAUUUUGAUUUUGUAAGAAUAAGGAAUUACUUUAAGAAGGAAGAUAUCGGUUUUGUUCAGAUAUGUGAAUAUUCGAAGGAUGGGAAAAUAGCACGCGCUAGAGAUAUGUUCUUCCAUACUGAAGCUCAUUUUCUAUUAUAUUCAGAGAGGAUACAUUUCUUUAGAAGAUUACGUAUCAAAGGAAUACGGCAUAUAAUUUUCUAUCAACCACCGACUUAUCCGCAUUUCUAUUCCGAAAUGUGUAAUCUUAUGCAGGAGAGUAAUCAGAAUAAAUAUGGCGGCAGUGAUUGUAACAUGACAGUUACAGUUUUAUAUUGUAAGUACGAUUUGCCGCGCGCCGCGUCGAUACUGGGUACGCGACGGAUAGCCAAGAUGGCCGCUUCAGAUAAAUCUGUUCAUAUGUAUGUAACUGGCGAUUAA